CGUCCAGUAGCUUAUCAUAAUAGCGGUAAUACUAGCGCAUAAGGAAUUCGUACCACCUUUUAUUUGGCUCUUAAGAAAAACAGAAUUCCAUUCUCUAUCAUUGAUAAACUGGUCAGAUGUCUAAACAGUAGGCUUUCGGGUCAGUACAGUAACAAUAUGUGAAUUGAGCAUUUAGUAUAAGUGUUUCACUGCAGUCCACUUUACGCGGUUUUAAUACCAACUGCACAAUUGAGGUCUUUAAACCGACUAAUUAUUAUUUGGAUAUUCUAUAAAAAUUUUACUUUGUUCAGCCGCGACACCGAUCGAGGUGAAGUUUAAGCUCCACGGCCAAGAUGGGGAAAGUGACCACCACGACCAAAGUGCUGGAUUAUGUCAUCGAAAAAGGCUCAAACCGCAAUAUCGUCCACGCGACGGUGACAAGCACACCCGGUUUCAACCUGUACUAUGUUAAACAGAUCCCCGCCAUCCUGAAAUUUCUCCAACUAAUCCUGGCUGUGGUGUGCGCUAUCCUAGUGGGCUAUCAGAACGAGACGCGGUACAGACACCAGAUAACGGUCUUCAACCAACAACUUCCUGGCUACCAGUUUGCUCAGCAGGUGUCUCUCGCGGGGGAAGUGUACUUCAUGUGCGCCCACACCGCCGUCAUUGUCACCGUCCUCAUCUUCUUGAUCACGUACCUCAUGAGCAUGACGUCACAGAUGGUCAUCGCCAAGGCAUCGAAGCUGGACAUGGUGAUGAAUGUGGUGCUGGCGGUGCUGUUGAUUGUGGCGGGAAUUGUGCAACUGGUGAUGACCGUGCGGUGGGGUAGCAAAACCGACGAAGUAAUUUUCCCGCCUUCGCGGCCGGGCGAACUACCGAGGACCGUGACAAUAACGGGGCCGCUGAUGUACACUGGGGAAUGGUGGAUGCGGUUGAUUGCGGGUCUGCUGGCCUUUGUCAAUGGGAUGCUGUUUCUGGUGAGCUUCGCGCUGGCGAGGAAGGAAUUGUCCGGACGCAAAGUGGUGCCUGCGGAACAGACGGAGCCCAUGCUGCUCAGCGUUGAGAAAACCACACACCGUCGCACGUAAUUAUGCGCAGCAAGGAGGCUUGGAAACUGCUAGAAAGGGGAAGACAGUUUGCAUUUACAUUAUUUGCAGUGCUCAAAGAGACUUUAUCGUGCAUUAGCGCAUCCGCUUACCGAUAUUUUUCAAGUUACAAUUUUUGGCAUUCUUGUAUUCUGGUGUGUUUGUCAAUUUGGUUGGCAUUUGACACGUCAAACAUUUUUCUGUUUGAAAGAUUAUUAUGAGAUUUGUUAACUUGUCACCAUAUAAAUGUUGUAACCAUACCAAAAGAUUUUCAACUUUCAAAUUCCACCUUUGUGCAGCAGUAACGUCGUAAAAGUAGCUAUGAGCUUUUUUGCUAAGCUUAAAAAAUUUUAAUACCUUUUUCUGAAUUUCGCAGCCUUAUUGC